CUUCUCUGACAUUCAAAACAUUUUCGUUUAUACACGUGAGUGUCUGACAAGUUCGUGCGGUACGUUACCAAGAUGAAAAUCCGGAAGGUAAAGCGGAGUAAGACGUAUCGGUACAAUGUUAAUAGAAAGCGAUUGCGGAAAACCCGUACGUCGACCGGCAAGAUAAAGUGCCGCACGAUUAAGGAGAACUGGGCGGCCAAUAAAAGCAUUAAAAGCAACCUCCGGGAAAUGGGUCUUGCAGUAGAUCCCAACUUAGCUGUUGGUAUCCCAAACACAAAGCAAGAGCGCAUGAAGAUUGUUAAACUAGUGAACGGCUUCGUGGAGGAAGAUGUCAUCGGCACAGCCAAACAAGGGAAGACUAAGCGGCCACCACGCAAAGCAUUUGUCGUUCAGGAACUGGAGAAAGAAGCCAAAAUGCCCAGGGAGUCGCAGUUUCGGUUGCCACGGGGCGUCGUCAAGGACCUCGAGUAUUUCCUAGAUAAAUUCAAAUUUAAUUACAAUGCAAUGGUCACUGAUCGGAGAAACGUUAACCAGCUCACCUGGCGACAGUUUCGAGCCAAAGUGAAGAAAUUUAUGUCAAUACCGGAGCAAUUCAAUGAGUAUUUGAGAAGUAAAAAUCUGACAAAGGACGAUCUGAGAAAUUGGGAGGAGUAUGAUACCGACGAGGAGUAGGAAUUAGUUUAAGGAUAUUUGUUACGUUUAUUUUUAAAUAUAUAAUUCUUUCAUUAA